AUGCGUCACUUCGCUCCUCUCUCGCUGAUCAUGGCGGAGCCGGAGCCACAGCGCGAAGUGGAGCCUCAACUUCUCAAUGGGGACGACUUGAACGGCGAGGAAAGAGAGGACGCGGACACCUGCGAGGCAGUGAAGAAGAAGAGAAGAAAGAAGAAGAGGAGCAGGACCAGCGUGCCAGUAUGUGACUUUGCAGCAGGGACAAACGAAGCAGAGGGGGACUCUGGAGAUGCCAGAGGUGUCGGCGAAGUGGCAGCACAGCUGGAGCAGCAAACCCUGGAGGACAAAGAGAGGCCCGAGGAUGCAGAAGAAGACGGCGACGAGGGGGAAAACUCAGCUGUCAAAAAGAAGAGGAAGAAGAAGAAGAAGAAAGGAGUGAAGGGACAGACUGACCCUCCCACAGUACCUAUUUGUGAGCUCUAUCCCAACGGGGACUUUCCAAAGGGAGAGGAGUGUGAAUACCCCCCAUCGAAAGACGGCCGCAGCGCAGCAUGGCGGACCACCAGCGAGGAGAAGCGGGCAAUGGACCGAGCCAACGAGGAAAUGUGGAGCGACUUCAGGCAGGCAGCUGAGGCCCACCGACAGGUGCGCUCUUAUGUCAGGAGCUGGAUCAAACCGGGGAUGACCAUGAUAGAGAUCUGUGAGAAGCUAGAGGAUUGCUCCAGGAGGCUCAUCAAAGAAGAUGGGCUGAAUGCCGGCCUGGCGUUUCCAACUGGCUGCUCCAUCAACCACUGCGCUGCCCACUACACCCCAAACGCAGGAGACCCGACCGUGCUGCGCUACGACGACGUCUGCAAAAUAGAUUUUGGUACACACAUCAACGGUCGAAUAAUCGACUGCGCGUUCACCGUCACUUUCAACCCAAAGUUCGACCGACUGCUGGAAGCUGUGAGAGACGCGACCGACACCGGCAUCAGGUGUGCUGGAAUUGAUGUGCGCCUGUGCGAUGUUGGCGAAACCAUCCAGGAGGUCAUGGAGUCUUACGAAGUGGAGAUAGAUGGGAAAACAUAUCAAGUGAAGCCGGUCAGGAACCUCAACGGCCACUCGAUCGGGCAGUACAGGAUACACUCAGGGAAGACUGUUCCUAUUGUCAAAGGCGGAGAGGCAACCAGAAUGGAGGAAGGUGAAGCUUACGCCAUCGAGACGUUUGGCAGCACAGGGAGAGGUGCCGUCCACGACGACAUGGAGUGCUCUCACUACAUGAAAAACUUCAACGUCGGACACGUGCCGAUAAGACUACCAAGGGCUAAACACCUGCUGAACGUGAUUAAUGAGAACUUCGGCACGCUGGCCUUCUGCCGCCGCUGGCUGGACCGCCUGGGGGAGAGCAAGUACCUGAUGGCGCUGAAGAACCUGUGCGACCUCGGCAUCAUAGACCCGUACCCGCCUCUGUGCGACAUCAAGGGCAGCUACACCGCCCAGUACGAGCACACCAUCCUCCUCAGGCCCACCUGCAAGGAGGUCGUGAGCCGAGGAGACGACUAUUAGGCGCGCGGCUAAGAAGCUCAGGUGAACCCGGACAAGCGUGGCAGCUGAGCGACGGCGGACGUCUUCGGACUGACACCACUUAUGCAAUAUCUCUCUGACCUGACUGUCCACAGCUUGAAUCCCUUUAGGUACAGUGCCUUGUAAAGGCAUUCAUAGCUCUUGAGCUCGUUCACCUUUUUGUCGCUUUAUAACCACAAACCACAGUGUAUGUUAGUUGGAUAUCACGGGAUAUGUACAAAAGGAAGUGCAUAAUUGUUAAGUGGAAAGACUUUUUUUUUUUUUAAAUGACAGGGAAACAAAGUUUUAAUAAAUAAAAAUCUGAA